GUUGCGACGAAAAAAGGAACAACGGUGGGGAAUUAGCCGCAGCGCCGAUUCUUCCCCGUCCAGAUUCAUGUGCAUUCCCAACCUUGCGUUCUGCUUGCUUUUGGGGCGGCUCUGGUGUUGGGUGCCAUCAGAUUUGGGGUUGGGUGCUGUGUGUUUAUCGGUACCACUCAGUUGGCCACUAACUAGCCAUAUUGCUCCGAAGCUCUGCUUGUUCAGGCUUGUGUCUUGAAGUAGUUUCAAUUGUGAGAGUAAUCGGUUGAGAAGGGAGGAAUCUUGUCGCAAUUGGAGCUGGUAGUUGCGUUUGGGUAGGGAUGGCGCUGGUGGUGGGUGUAAUGCGGCGCUCAGGAUUCGCGAAAAACGUUGCUAGGGUUAUUUGCACUGCUGCGUUAGGAGCGCCGAGAGUGGCCACCGUUGAGCGGGGGGUUGUACAGGGAGUCGGACAGGUUCGGAGGUCGUCGACCAAUUCCACGUUUGAGCCUGGGUUCCACUGGCGGAAGAUGAUUCAAGCUCACCACAUGUCGUGCUGUGCUAAUUUGGGGAAUCCUCCUCCUCGGGAGAUUAUUGUGGAAUACUGCGAAGAUAGCGAAUACACGGACUACUUCAUUGAAAUCGCUGACAAAGUUGAGGCGGCACACCCAGAGUUGGCAGUCCUUGUGAGUCCAAACAACAUGGAAGCGCGGAAGGGGUCAUUCGAAAUAAUCUGCGAUGGCCAUGUCAUUUGGUCGAAGCUGAAGAAAGGUCGGUUGCCUCGAUUCGAGGACGUCCUCGAUGGAAUUAGUGAGCUUCCAUCAAAGUGUGACAUUGAGCCCAAGUCUGCAAGCGCAUAGAUAUGGCAAGUCUAGUGCCUUGGAGCGGUGUGCACUGUCCAACAUUGUCCAUGAUUAGGCUGUUGAACAUAUAGGUCCCUAAUAAAGCAACUGCGGCAUGUACUGUAUACAAUGGUGAUGGUCAUUGCAAUAGUUAGAGAAGCAUGUGGCAAUCUCUGUAGAAUGCAAACAAUUGUGAUUUGUAUCAUACAAAAUAUAAAUGUGAAACAUCUUGGUAGGAUGUACUACUUGUCCUU